AGAAGAAGAAGGACCCCGCCGUUCCGUUAAAGCAGCACAGACUUCACGACCCGGCGGAGAGAAAACACCACCGAGAGAGAAAAAAAACAGCUCUCACACACACCAGCAUGGAUUUAUUUCACUGUUCCGCCGCUGUCCGGACCUUUUUCUACUGAAAGAAAAUCCAUCUUUCUGUUCUGCCCCCCUCGUUCCUGAUCUCCCCAUUGGCUGCUGCUCCCGGAGGGCGGAGAUAAGCAUGGGGUAAGAGCGCCGAGAGGAGACACCAAGACAACACAAGCUGAGGAGACUCACUCACCUGCUCAGGUGGUGACCGUCUCCGUCAUGGCGCCGCUGCGGAAGAAGCUGAAGAUCCUGGUGACGGUGAUGAUGGUUAACCUCUUCAUCUUCAUCCUCAUCACCCGAAACAGCGGCCAAGACAAAAAUGGACGCCAUAAGGUCGUCAUCCCCUCCAAGCCGUUCUGGACCAAGCUGCUUCCUCAGGCCGCGUACUGGAACCGGCAGCAGCAGGUCAUCAACUUCCACAACAACCCCAUCCUGCAGGUCAACGCCACGCCGGUGGAGCUGCCCGGCUGGCUCAAUGACUCCAGUCUGACCUCUGACUCCUGUCAGCCCAACUACCAGGUCACCACUCAGGUCAAGGACUACAACUCCCUGCCGGACCGCUUCAAGGACUUCCUGCUGUACAUGCGCUGCCGGUCCUACCCCAUCAUCGUGGACCAGCCCGACGUCUGCAAGGAGCCGCCGUUCCUGCUUCUGGCCGUCAAGUCUCUGGCGCCGCACUUCGACCGGCGCCAGGCCAUCCGGCAGUCCUGGGGCCGGGCGGGCGUCACGGCCAAUCAGACGGUGGUGACUGUCUUCCUCCUGGGCAACACCACGGCGGGGGACCACCACCCGGAUCUGUCGGGCAUGCUGCGCUACGAGAGCGCUCGCCACAGGGACAUCGUCCAGUGGGACUUCAGAGACUCCUUCUUUAACCUGACCGUCAAAGAGGUUUUAUUCCUGGAGUGGAUCCAGACCCGCUGCGCCGGCGCCCGCUUCAUCUUCAAGGGGGACGACGACGUCUUCGUCAACACCCGCCGCAUCCUGGACUUCCUGAAGGGCCUGUCGGAGCCCAAAGCCAAAGACCUGUUCGUGGGGGACGUGAUCACCAACGCCGGGCCGCACAGGGACAAGAAGGUCAAGUACUUCAUCCCGGAGAGCAUGUACGUGGGAACGUACCCCCCGUACGCCGGGGGAGGGGGGUACCUGUACUCGGGCGACGUCGCCGCCCGCCUGCACAACGUGUCGCAGAACGUGGCGCUCUACCCCAUCGACGACGUCUACACCGGCAUGUGUCUCCGGAAGCUGGGGCUGGCCCCGGAGAAGCACAAGGGCUUCAGGACUUUCAACAUCGAGGAGAAGUACCGGUCCAACCCGUGCGCCUACAAGAGCCUGAUGCUGGUCCACCCCCGCACGCCGCAGGAGAUGAUCCAGAUCUGGUCCUGGCUCAGCAACCCCAGCCUCACCUGCCAGUGACGGCGGCCGGAGCGACCGGGGAUUUAGAGUUGGCAGCUUUAAGUUAAGAUAUUAUUUCAGGGUGUCACUGGAACACUCGGCCCCGUGGCGUGGCGCGGCGUGGCGUGGCGUGGCGUGGCGCGGCGUGGCGUGGCGCGGCGCGGCGUGGCGUGGCUUGAGCUCCGUUUGCACCGACGUAUUGUGACUACAUGUCAGAUUUGGAACGAGCUUCACUCAGAGUGAACGUGUUUUUGUCAUAUUUAUAUCACUAUUUAUGCGUCCUGCGUAAUGCAUUAACACUGUGUGUGAGUGAGUGCGUGCGCGCGUGUGUGUGAGUGUGUGUGUGUGCUCCACGUGGGAGCGUCUCAAUGCUGUAUUAGACAAGGAGAGCAGGACGGAGCUCACCUGGACCGAGGCGUCGGGGUACCACGGCGAUCCAAAGCGCCUUCCUCUGAGGCAUCAGGACCUUUCAAAGCCAGUGCUUCCCUGAACCCUUCCUGCUGAUUGUAGCCGGAGGCCGACUUUGUGCUGCUACUCCCUUCCACACUCCCCGAAGUAUUCACAUGUGACUCGCUUUAAUCCAACACCUGUUUCACCCAACAUGAAGCGUAAAACCAUGAAUAUGUAGAUAUCAGCUUUUUGUGAUUUGUGCAGGUUAGUUCUUGUUUUGUUUUUUUUCUUCUUGUAGUCGUCGUAUCAUGUGGGAUGUUCGGUGUUGUGAACGCACACUUCGCUUUCAGGAACCACAGCAGACCGGAGUGCAGCUGGUCUGCGCUCGGUUUGUUCGUUGCUUGUAGAGAAAUCCAAAAUGCUGUCUAAUUCUGCUUCAGGUCAACACAGGAAAAAGAAACAAACUGCUUUGUAAAAGCCUUAAGUGCAUUUUUAAAGUAACAGAAAGCUGCUGGAGUCUGUGUGAAAUGCUUAUAGCUUGUCUGACAUGCUUCCAAAGGGUCUUCUUUUUAAACUUUACUCUGUUUUAGGAGCAUUCGUGGGGCUGCUGCUCGGCUCUCUGCUGUUUGCUGUUGUGUUUAGUAGUUUCAAAGCGACCUGCUGCCCGUCCGCCCUGCGUCCUUCCUGCUCCUCCCGGCCGUCGGUGAGGAGCAGGAGGAUAGAAAUGUGUUACAUGAAUGUUUGGAGCCUAGUCUCACUCUAAGAAGUGGAUUUUCUUCAGUAUUCACAAUAAACCAUCCACCUUUGACCUGCUCUGCCAGAGCGCCCCCUGCUGGUCGGGAUGAGAGGAACUCUUUGAGCAAACAAUCUUAAUUUAUUUGAAGCGUUCUGUAAAGUUUCUAGCGUCUGUUGAUGGUGAGCUCUGUGCUAUUUUUUUUUUUUUUUUUGCCUCUUUUUUUAAGACAAUCGGCGUGGCUUUUAGUCCGACUCGUUUAAAAACUCACUGAGCACCUUUUCAGACAGGAUCCACCAAACACUAAACUACAGGAGGCAGAAGAGUCGGACUCCUCUGUCGUCCAGCCGCUGAGGUUUCUCAUCCAUAAGUUACAUUUUCUACCUGCUGCACAGUUUUUUCGCUACUUGAAAUGUUUACACGUCAUUAAAAGUUGUCAUUGCUUCUUUUUUAUGUAAUUAUCGUGUGUGUGAUGAGGAUCAGAGUGUAUGUGUGUGUCUGUGUGUGUGAGAAACAUCGUCGCAUCCAAAUUCUCGAACUCUCCCAAAUAAUGAACGCCGACUGCUUUUAACCUCACGUCAGACAAUUUUAAUCUGAUUUCCUAUCAGGCAUCAUUUCACUGGAACGUCUGAAACUCGUGUGUUGAUGUUUGAGUCAUUCUGUUAAACAGCAGCUGCACUCCAUGAUUGUCAGAUCUGUGCCUGAUGUUUCUAUGUACUGUAUGUAUCAGAAUAUCCACCAACCAUAUUCAGCAUGAUCGCUUUAUUACCUAGAAUGACUUGAUUAUUUCAAUAAAGUUAUAUUUUGCUGUUUUUGUAAA